UUUGACGCUGCUGUCCGGGCACAUGGGGCGGAGAGGAAGGAAGCCACGUUGACACAGAAGAAGUGUUUUUGUUUGGCCUUAAACCGGCGGUUAGUAUUUGUCUUGCAUAGGAGUGACCUGUACAGGCCAUCUGGAAUAAGCAGUAUGAGUGUAGGGCUCAUUGGAGCGGGUCAGUUGGCCCAUGCCUUGGUCAAAGGCUUCACUACUGCAGGUGUAAUUGCAGCUCACCGGAUCACUGCCAGUUCCCCAGAUACAGAUCUGCCAACAGUGGCUGGGCUCAGGAAAAUGGGGGUGAACUUCACAACCAGCAACAAGGAAGCCACGCACAAGAGUGAUGUUCUCUUUUUGGCUGUUAAGCCCCAUAUUAUCCCUUUCGUUCUGGACGAAAUUGGACCAGACAUCGAAGACAGGCACCUCAUCGUUUCCUGUGCUGCUGGAGUCACUAUUAGCUCCAUUGAGAAGAAAUUGCUCCAGUACCGUGCUGCCCCUAAGGUGAUGCGGUGCAUGACUAACACUCCAGUGGUGGUGCGUGAGGGGGCCACGGUGUACGCCACUGGCACCCAUGCCGAGGUGGAGGACGGAAAGCUGCUGGAGCAGCUGAUGGCUAGCGUGGGAUUCUGCACGGAGGUGGAGGAGGACCUGAUCGACGCUGUUACCGGACUCAGUGGCAGUGGGCCAGCUUACGCUUUCACUGCUCUCGAUGCUCUUGCUGAUGGUGGGGUGAAGAUGGGUCUGCCAAGGAGGUUGGCUAUGAGGUUGGGAGCGCAGGCUCUGCUGGGUGCUGCUAAAAUGCUGCUGGACUCAGAGCAGCAUCCAGGCCAGCUGAAGGACCAGGUGUGCUCACCAGGGGGCGCCACCAUCCACGCCCUGCACUUCCUGGAGAGUGGCGGCUUCCGGAGCCUUCUCAUCAAUGCUGUGGAGGCUUCAUGUGUCAGGACAAGAGAGCUGCAGUCUCUUGCAGACCAAGAGAACAUUUCUCCAGCUGCUAUCAAAAAGACAACGCUGGACAAAGUGCUGCAGCAGCCAGGCAUCUCUGACACAUCAGUGGGCACCAAGAACAGAGUAAACCUUUUCAACAACAGGAGUGGGACGAAGAAAGUCUGAGAGAGAAAAGUUCUACACACACAUACAAACACGCACACUCACUUCAUAUUCCCUCAUAAGCUCCUGGGUGCCUACAGAUGUUACCCAGCCAUUCUGACAAAUUUUGGACAGAGUAGUUGGACACGAUAUCCGUCCAGACACACAUAUACACAGUUUCAGACUGAGAUGAACAGAAGUGCAUUUCUAGCAUGCUGUCUGUCACCUAGUGCCUCCUUGCAGUGGCAGACAGCACUCCCCGAGGAGCAGCAUUGAGAGUUAGCAGACAGCAGAUGCUCCACGUGAUGGUAUAGACUUCCUGUCUUUAAGAAAAAUACUCAACCGCAAAGCCGGUAGAAUAUUUUUUUGUUAAGUUUCUGCAUAAUUAAGAUGUAAACGAAGUAGUUUGGUAUAUGAUUGGAGAGAAGCUUACUGACUAGGAUUUCUUCACAGUGGUGGUGAUAUGCUCCAGCAUUCACAAUGUCUGCAGUGGACAUAUAGCCAUUUUAUUUACUGUUCAAAACAGCCAGUGAACCUGCAUGUGUCUUAUUAGUUUUGUAUGUAAUGUUGAUGAUGUUAAAAUAACAGCACUUACGCCUGAUCUGGGCCUCCAAGGCUGUAGCCUCAAGUAUUAUUUUAACCAGCCCUGAACCUUAUAUAAUUGAAAUGUCACACAUUUCACUCCAGCUCGUUUGCACAUCGUUCUCAUCAUCCAUUGUUUCAUUCAAGGGCAUGUUCUAUUCCUCAAACUCCAAACGCAGCUGUAGACUAUAGCAUAGCGAGAGUGAGAGCGCACUACAAGCCAUCACAGUGGGCUUUUGUAUGUGAAAAAACGGCUCAAAACCUGAUAUUUUGUUGGGCUCCACUGGGCCUGGGUGCAAAGAUCUUUAUAGGAAAGUCCACUCAAUGGCCAUCUUGGCAAUAUGACCAGGGAGUUGCUUCAAAUCAUAUAAGAGCAGACUCCUCUGUCUCUUUAAAAGGGGGGGGAGCUUAAAUAGCAAGGCUGUUGGCUCAUUUUAUUGAAAAAAAUCUAGAUGAGCCUGGUAUCACAUCUCCCUGCGUGUACCUCUCAACCAUAAAUAGAUAGAAAAAUUCAUUUUUAGACCAAAAUGUUAUCAUAAACAAACUGUCAGGUACCAAGCGGUGUAUUCAUAACUGCGUCAUGUACUUGAGUGAGAUGCUUCUAGAAGCAUUAAACACCAAAGAUGUUUGGUUCCUAUCAGCACCACUGUAAACCAUUCUGGAGAAGCUUAGUGAGUCAGAAUGGAGCAUUUCAAAUCAAACCACUCUGAAUGACUUUGUUUGUAUUUUAGCCCUUUAAUUCUGCAGAAAUUCAGAAAGACUGGUGGAAUUCCUCUUUAAUCUGUACUUGUGUUUUUUGUGUAGCUUAGUUCAUAUCUGUCAUUUUCAGACCUUUGUUUUCACAGGUUUAUCAUGUGACCAUUACAUUACUGUCGUCAUUUCAAAACCUAAUUUACUUUGUUCUCUUCGUAAAAAAGCUCUUUAUCACAAAUAUGUGAAUAUAAAGUGCUGUAUUGAAUACAUACUUGAGAUGCAUUGAACUCUUUUGUAUUAUUUUGCCUAAUUUGUAAUUUUUCUUUUGAAAAUUAUUGAGGGAAAAAAAAAAGAUGUCAGCCAACCAAAGCGUACGUUUUAUAAACUGCUUAUUAAAAGUACUCUGCGUUGUCAUGA